AUUCUUAUACAAGUUCAGUUGCGAUUCUUCUGUGGAGUCGUACAGUGCUUUACAUGUUUUGUGCGGUCAGUGGCUCGUCAGUUGUGAUACACGUACCUUUACUACUAAAAUUCGUGAGUGAUAUUUAAAAAAAAACUGAAAAAUCAAAUUUUACUAUAUAAAAAAAAGUUAAGAAAUUUAUCAAGUUAGCAGUAAUUAAUUUGGGUUGUCGAUGCGCCUUACAGUAAUAAAUUUCGAUUCGUUGAUUGAUUAAAUCUUUCAUUUUUACUGACAUUUUGAGAGACGCCAAAGUCAAUACACCAGAAAAAAUUUUGGUAUCAUAAAAAUGCGAUUAAAGUUUCUACUUGUUUUGGUUGUGCUGUUUUGUUGCCAGUUGUGGUUUGCGUCUUCCAAUCGUACAUUCACUGUAGAUUGGGAUAAUGAUCGCUUCCUCAAAGAUGGUCAACCUUUUCGCUUUAUUUCCGGUUCUUUUCAUUAUUUUCGAGCACAUCCCGAAACGUGGCAAAGAAAAUUACGUACGAUGCGAGCAGCUGGCUUAAAUGCGGUAACAACGUACGUCGAAUGGUCAUUACAUAAUCCAAAAGAAGGCGUUUAUGUGUGGAAUGGUAUAGCAAAUUUAGAAAAAUUUAUUAAAUAUGCAAUUGAUGAGGAUCUACUAGUUAUAUUACGACCUGGUCCAUACAUAUGUGCAGAACGUGACUUGGGUGGCUUUCCCUAUUGGCUUCUGACUAAAUAUCCGGGCAUGCAAUUACGUACAGCUGAUAUAAAUUAUUUAUUUGAAGUUCGCCUUUGGUACUCUGUACUUAUGGCACGCAUGGCACCAUUUCUUUAUGGUAAUGGCGGCCCGAUUAUUAUGGUACAAGUUGAAAAUGAAUAUGGUUCCUAUUAUGCAUGCGAUAAAAAAUACCGAACUUGGCUGCGUGAUGAAACUUUGGCUCAUGUACAUAAUAAAGCUGUACUCUUCACUAAUGAUGGUCCCUCUGUACUCUACUGUGGACAUAUUGAAGGGGUUUUAGCUACCAUGGACUUUGGUGCUACUAGUAAUCUUACCAAUUUUUGGGAUCGCUUACGUCGUAUACAACCCAAAGGACCUUUAGUAAACGCAGAAUACUAUCCUGGUUGGCUGACGCAUUGGUCAGAAUCUAUGGCGCGUGUGCCUACAAAAGCGAUUACUAACACUUUCAUAGAAAUGUUGAACUCCAAUGCUAGCGUAAACCUUUACAUGUUUUAUGGGGGUACCAAUUUUGGAUUUACUGCUGGUUCUAAUGAUGGUGGUCCUGGUCGUUUUCAACCAGAUAUAACUUCCUACGACUAUGACGCUCCUAUGACAGAGGCUGGCGAUCCGACACCAAAAUAUUUCAAAAUACGUGAAAUAAUCGGACGUUAUUUACCAUUACCUAAUAUAUCCGUUCCAGAACCACUGCCAAAGAAGAAUUACGGUAGCAUACGUCUAAUGGCAUGUUGUUCAAUACUGUCUGAGAAAGGUAGACAAACACUUGGAACAGGCGUUGUUGUGUCAAAUAAACCAAAAACUUUUGAAGCGCUUAGUCAAUAUUCAGGACUAGUACUCUAUGAGACAGAUUUGCCUCGAUUUAAGCGUGAUCCAAGCAUAUUACGUGCGCCUGGAGUACGUGAUCGUGCUUAUGUUUAUAUAGAUAAUGAUUUAAUUGGCAUCUUAUCACGGGAAACACCUAUAUUUGAUUUACCCAUCAGUGCUACUGCUGGUAGUCGUUUACAAAUUUUGGUUGAAAAUCAAGGUCGCAUUAAUUUUGGACAACUUAAUGAUUUUAAGGGAAUAAUUAGUGAUGUCACCUUGGAUAAAACAAUUUUAUCUAAUUGGAAUAUGACAAAGUUCCCACUAGAAUCAUAUGAAGAUAUCAGAAAUUUCAUAGAACUUGAAUCACUACAGCAAAUAGGUUUCCGAGAGCAAGAUUAUCGUGCUUUGCUACGCUGCGGACCGACCAUAUUUUAUGGUACGAUAGAAAUUGAUGAUGAUCCAUGCGAUACCUAUUUAGACACAACCGAUUGGGGUAAAGGUAUAGUUUUUAUAAAUGGAGAAAAUAUUGGUAGAUAUUGGCCUGUUGUUGGACCACAAAUUACACUGUAUGUACCAAAAGAGGUACUUAAACGUGGAGCAAAUCAGAUUGUGCUUAUCGAGUAUCAGAAAGCUGCAGUAUCAGGAGAAAUAACAUUUACCGAUACGCCAAAUUUGGAUGGCUUAAAAUAAUGGAAGCAACUGAAAUAUUCUAAUAAUGUUAAGUAAUACAUAUGCACUAAAUAUGUAAAUACUUAUUUUUAACUUAUGGUGGAUGGUAAUAUUCUUUAUAUUACUGUGCAACUGAUUUUUCGGUUAGAAUGGUAUUAAUUUGAACUGCAGAACUUUAUGGACAUGAAUCCUUUUAACGAAUUUUUUUAUUAAGACUUAAAACAAAAGUACUUUAAUGUACCGCUAGCAAUUUAGAUUUA